CAAUGAAAAGAUGCUACAGUAGGCUGGUAUCUUCUUACUGUAAAUUUAAUAGGAAGUAGCUGGCAGGCUUAUGAAUUAGACAACCACGUGGACUUAACCAGCCCUCCCGCGUGGAACCACAUUUUACCACUGUCAUCAAAGGACACCGGGAACGGUUAUUGUCGCCCGACGUCUCUUUGUUCAGUGGCUUCGACAAGAUUGGGCAAGAUGACUGACGAGGGUGCUCCCAAAGACCGGGGCUGUCUCGUGGGCAUCAUUUUCUUUAUCCUGGGUCUGGGGACCCUCCUGCCUUGGAACUUCUUCAUGACUGCCUCACAGUACUUCAACAACCGACUGACACUGAACACGUCCGAUACGAAUGAUGACACAGUCAUCGCCAGGAAAGAGUAUUACUUUGACAACUGGAUGACUCUGCUAUCCCAGCUGCCCUUGCUGCUCUUCACGCUGCUUAAUUCCUUCCUGUAUCCCCGGAUCUCGGAGACGAUGCGCAUCGCCGGGAGUCUGGUGUGCAUCCUCAUCCUCUUCAUCUUCACCGCCAUCCUCGUCAAGGUCGACAUGGAGCAGGACCGCUUCUUCUCCGUCACCAUGGCCACCAUCUGGUUCAUCAACUCGUUUGGUGCCGUGUUGCAGGGCAGUCUGUUUGGCCUGGUGGGUCUGCUCCCGCAGAAGUACAGCACCAUGUUCAUGAGUGGUCAGGGACUGGCCGGCACCUUCGCCGCUGUGGCCAUGAUCCUCGCCCUUGCCAGCAAUGCUGACGAUGAAACAGCUGCCCUUGGGUACUUCAUCACCCCAUGUGUGGGAACCCUUGUCACACUAAUGAGCUACCUGCUACUGUCCAAACUGCGUUUCGCCCAGCAUUACCUCUGCAAAAACAAGAGCAAAAGCUAUGAGCCAGAGACAACCAAUCAACUUCUGCUUACAGAAGACACCACAACAGAGAACGGCAAAGCUAACGGCCACACCAACGGCUCCCCUGUGGCUAACGGCAGCAUGGACGCCACGCCGUCGUCCAGCGAAAGCCGACAAGCCUUCCUGCCACUCGAGGCGGACAAGGCGGACAAGCCGGACGAGAGCAAACUGUCCGUCAUCGAGGUCUUCAAAAAGAUCUGGGUCAUGGCAUUCUGCGUGACCUUUAACUUCACCGUGACACUCUCUGUGUUUCCUGCGGUGACGGUGGACGUGAAGUCCGCGUACGAGGGAGAGUGGGAAAAGUACUUCAUCCCGGUGUGCUGUUUCCUGUUUUUCAACAUCAUGGACUGGCUGGGCCGAACGGUUACCACACUGAAGCGAUGGCCGCCCAAAGAGAGUCGCUUGUUCCCAGCGCUGGUGGUUUCCAGAGUGGUCUUCAUUCCGCUGCUGAUGCUGUGUAACGUGCAGAUGCGCUCCAACCUGCCGGUGCUCUUCAGCAACGACGCAGCCUUCUCCGCCAUCAUGCUGCUCUUCUCCCUCUCCAGCGGAUACUCCGUGUGCCUGUCCAUGUCCUACGCACCGCAGUUGGUACCAGCCAAGGAUGCUGAGACUGCUGGAAUUCUCAUGACCUUCUUCCUGGCUCUGGGACUGUCGUUAGGGGCCGGCCUCUCCUUCCCUCUGCGUUUCCUUGUAUAGUUGUCCCUACUGCCUACCCACACUCCCCCGCCCCCCCUCAACUGCCCAACUCUUACCAGCUCACUGGCACGUCACCUCCAAGCCUGUGUAAUUGAUGUUCCAGUGGCGCAGGACAGGAGCCAGCCAAUCAGAUCCACCAAUUAGAUCACCUUACCAACAUCACUACAUCAUACCUUCACUACAGGACCUUGCGAGAUAGGUUGACCAUUUUUCUGGGUUCUGUUUGGACUGUCCGGCUUUCGAAUGUCUUCCUUUUGGGGGAUUUUGGGCGUGUGCCUUCUUAGGCAUUUUUUUGACGUUUUGAAAUUAUGAAAACAAUGGGUUUCCUCUAGCCUGGCCCCACCCACCUAGAUCUUUUUUCAGGAAGAUCUAGUCUGGAACACCAUAGUUCAUAACCAUUUCCCUGACAGUCACUGACGAGAGGGGAAGACGAAACCAAAUUGUAUUGUGAUAAACAGAAGCAGCAACACCUGCAAACGUCAAAAAAUGCAGUUGGGAAAAUGCAGAAAUUUAUUUACAGCAAGGUUAGUGCCUGUUGCAGUGCAAGAGUUGAAAACAUUUCCCAAUCGAGAGCCACCAGACUCUUUUCACUUUGUGAAUGAAUCUGGAUAUUUCCAGGCUAGUUUUUCUCUCCCCCUAAAAAUAACAACAGCAACAACAAACAAACAAAAGAACACUUUAGAAGAAAUUACCCAGUGACCUCCUUCUUCACCUCACCCCGGUGGUCACCUUACUGCCUAUCAAAGUGUCAACAUAUCCCAUCAGCCACUGCAUGAUUCCCAUCGCCUCCAGACUUUGUGGUGCAGCAUAAUAGCCUAAUAGAAAUCUAGACGCACCCUAGCGGCAGCAAAUGUAAUUUGCAGCCAGGGUAGUCUAGCAACUCUCCAUUGGCUUGCAAGCUGGAAAAAUGAAACUUCGAUCACAAAAUCAAUCACAUCGUGUCAGUGGAUGGGCUUAACAAAAUGACGGCAGAGUUGCAACAGUUCCGCGUGAAUUCCCUGCAACUUGAAAACAAAGAAGAUGCAUGCUGCUGCUGGCGAACAGCGCCACUCGAGCUAAGCUUUUGUUAAGUUGCCAAAAGUUUGAUCAGCUAGCCAACUAGCUCCGCUGGUGUGAAAGCGCAUGGGACUCGUGAGUUGUAGACGUGCAGAGGGAAUUUGAAAGACAACUGUUUGUCCCGCCCCUCGGACUGAGCACAGCCAAUGGUGAGUUCCCAGACCCUACAUCUUGAUGUGGGUUUGGCUCGUCAGGCUAGCGUCCUGUACCUCUUGUCGGCUCCACCCGUCGGUUGUGUUUGCAACGUCGGCAUCUCCUCUGCUGGCAGAAGUCUUCUGCUGUCUGUCUCCCUCACCAGCUGGGCAUCAGUACAGAGGUACCCUGCAGGAGACGCUCUCUGGUGGCUGUGCUGUGGCUCUGUGGAGGAUCCAGAUAUAUUUACUUCGAUUGGAUCACAUGAUCAAGUCCCACUUAGUGAAUAGGUUGCAGUGAUAGGGACCCACUUUAGUUUUAUUUCGGUUAACUCAAUUAUUAACACAAAGGACUGGCUGCUAAAAUCAGUUGGCAUUGAUCUUGACAUCGGUGGCUUUUGCAGGAAGGGUUUAAAGGGAUGUCCAAGGGUGUGUCCACUUCUCUCUUCAGGGAACGAAGAGACAACCUGGGACUACUGUAGCAUGACCACACUGCUAAGCUACACAGAAACUCCAAUGACAGUCAAUGAAGGAAAGAACAUGUUACUGAACAUGCUAGUGAACAUGCUUAUCAUACACACACUGUUGUUGGGCUAAGGUCAAUACCGUGCUUGGAUGCAAUGUAUUGCCAAAAGAUGGAUGAUUUUACUGUCAGAAUGUUUACACUUUUGGGAGAAUAUCAAAUGUAGUUCUCAGGUGUCGAAUAUAGUUGUGUAGUGAAAUACAGUUAUGAAUUGCAUAAAUGCCUACAUAUGUAGCAUAUAUGCAUAAAAAGUAUGUGUAUGUUAGUGCAGGUACUAUCUGAUGCAGUUAGAUAGUUAGAUUCAGUUCAGUUAGUUUCAUUCAGUUAGAUAAACUUUUAUUUAAUUUAUUUCAGAAGUGAAGAAUAUGAAAGAGAUUUCAGCUCAAAGGGAUGCAAUUCCAUUAGGAAGCCAUUUCAUUUCUUCUUUCAUUUCUUCUUAUUCACAGACCAGACUGCAUUGUCUGAACAAAAUGAAUGUAGAUUAUGGGAGAGUCUUUUGAACUGACCAUGAAGGGCUUUUUUUUUUUUUUUUUUGAUGUUCUUAAAUCCUUUUUUUGUAAGUUAAACGUAUUUUGAACAUAUUAUUAUUAUCAUGUGAAUCAUCUGACUGCUUUUUUUCUCGAAGAGAACAACAAAGGACAAGAAGACAGGUCAAUGGAAACCAAGGACUUGAAAGAAAAACUCACCAACUAAGUAGGCUACUAACUGACUAAGUGGACUACUCAACAACAACUCAAGUAUCCCACUGGAAAGGGCACCGACUUUAUGUUAACUGUACUCAGCUACAAUGUGCUUAAUACUUUCUCUUUCUGCACUAUACAAAUACAACUAGCCUGCAUGUUGUCAAAACAAGGUUGAUAAGGAACCUGAAUUGUAUGUUUAUCUCUUUUUCAAACUGCAUUGUACUAAGGACACUUAAUAUGAAGUGGGUGGGUCCUUUAUCUGAUGCAGUCUAUUAAUGCCUUGGCUACUGCUUUGGGGGCAGUGUUUGUGUCUUUCACUGUUUGUGAGGGUAUAAUGGGGAAACUCAUUUGAAUGGUUAGUAGACAGCGCAGCUUCAGGGCCGUGUGCAGUGGUCCUUCUAGGAACAUCUGUCUAUGUAUGGCUAUCUGUUAAUGUGUGUGUGUAUGUGUGUGUGUGUGUCAUGCAAGUGACUCGCCUCACAACAUGUUGUGUGACUCCUUAUCUUGGCAGGAAGUGAGUGGGUUGGUCACAUUCCAGAAUCUACUCUGUUACAGCGGGAAAUGUUCACUCAGUUUCAACUUCCCACAUGGAAGGAAGGGCAGUGGUUAAACGUAACAUAUCUAUGCACAGAUAUGUUUUGUUUUGUGUGUGUUUUUAAUGUCAAAAAAGCAGUUAGUGUGAUAAUGUGAUUUGAGAUGUUGAGUUUGGAUUUUUUUUUUUGUUUAAUUAUUCCUGAAAGUGACUAAAGUGACUUUUAGUUACUAUUAAGAGUAACUUAGAAUAAUAUGAGAAGUAAAUUGCUUAGUUACAUCAUGAAUUCUGCUUUGUUGUCUGUACCAGAUAUGUGUACAGACAACAAACAUGCAUUCCCAUUAUAGCUGCUGAUAACCACAACUAUUAAGGCCCUGAUCUUGCCUUGGUCUGGUCCUAUAUAGAUCACUUCUGGUACAAAGUCAGUUGUUGGGACAGGUCCCCACUAUUGUGAUACUAGAGAUGAUUAAUUGAGACAACAUGAUUUAAUUGAGACAUCUUCUCAUCUAGUCUUCUCAUCUAAUGACAGUGUGACUGUGGCUGUUUUUUUUUUUUUAAUUUUAUAUUUUAUACAAUAUACUGGUGGCGAGUCUGUCACCGUUUUUUGAAGUGCCAUUUGUUAUGCUGUUUUUAACAUGCACCAAACAUUUCUACGAGACCCUUGUCAAGGUGGCUUAUGUAGGCCUGGCUUCUCACUUUUCCGGGGUGUGUUUCCCAAAAGCAUAGUUGCUAACUAAGUUAGCAACUUUGGUUGCAAUCCGAUUUCCCAUUGCCCACCAACUAAGUUGCUAACAGGUUAGCAACUAUGCUUUUGGGAAAUGCACACCAGGGUGGUAUGCUGGAGCUAUUGUCUGUUUUCCAUGACGUAUCAUCACACAAGGGCUGCCAAAUGCGUUUACAUUUGGGCAGCAUAUAUUCUGAGGACCACUAGUGUUUUGAAUAUAUUUGUGCUAAAAAACAUAGGCUUUGUUUAACAUGGGUUUUUUUUGUUUUUUUUUAGGUUUCAUAUGUGUUUCUAUGAUAGAUUUCUAUGGUUUUCUCAGUUAAAUCAUAGUUUUAGAGUGUUUAUGUUGUGGUUGUUUUAUUAUUAUUAUUAUUAUUAUUAUUAUUGUUAUUAUUAUCAUUAUUGACAAAUAUGUCAGCUUUGGGGUUUCAUUUUUCAUUUUCAUUUUAUCUUAUUUAUUUCUACAGGUUAUGGAUAGGAUAUACUAGAAGACAAACAAAUAGGUAACAGACAUACCAACAUCCCCCAAAUAUUAACUGCCAUUCUUUCGUUCAUGUGAACAAUAAUGACUGAACUUUGUUUAAAAUUGGUAGAUGUGAGUUGUUUACACAAAUAAAGGUUAUUACUGUGCAUUACUGUGCUGUAACCACACAGAGAUAACAUCUGUUAUUUUUAUGUGCAUUUUUACAUUUGGGAGCAGUCAACUGCAAAAAGCAUUCCCAAGGAAAGCACGAGAGCGAGGGAUAGAUCACAUGAUUUGGCUUUGAGCAGGCCAGAAAUCCAGUUUUUACUCAACAGACACCUUGAUAAUUCAGAAUUUUCAUUUCUAUGAGGAGGAGGACAUAACUGAGUCAGAGCUCAGCUGUUAAAUCGGCCAUCCUCUUCCUGCUGGUACUAGCCGUUUAAGACUGACUGAACAAGGCUCACUUAAUAACUUGAGAAAGGCCCAUUUUACCUUGAAAAACACACACAUGUGCAUGCACACACACACUGGGGAUGUAUGAUGACCGUUUAUUCUGGAAAAGCUCUGGUUUAGAUCAGAGACCCAGAGCUGAUCUGGCAUCAGCUGUCAUCUGCUGUUCCAACCAAAGAUGGCAUCUUUUUCAGUUUAGCUUUUAUGGUAAAAAGAAAAUGGGAAAAAAGAGAGCCUUUUCCAUCAGGAGACUGCUAUUAAAACAUGUAGAAUGAGUUCUAUUGACAACAACAAAUGUGCUGUUCACUAGUUGCAAUUGGGAGAGUUGUCCACAAGGUGGCGUAUGUGGUCAAUCAAGAUGAAUUGAUUGUGCAAUUGAUUUGUGGUUGCAUUACCUUGUCAUCAAUAAGGGAGCAAGUGCUUUGUGUGUGUUUGUUUAUGCUUUUGCUGAUUUGAAAUGAUCAUUCUAAAUGAUAUUGUAAAUAUACUUUGUCUUUGUUUCUGUUGUUUAAAUUAAACUAGUUUUUUAAACAGUG